GAGAAAGGAAGCCAGUCCGCUCCCCGCUAUAAAAUCCCUCUUUCCCUUUUUACCCGUCGAUUUCCUUUCAAUUCCCCAAAAAAUCCCUCGAAGCCCGCAAACCAUCCGUUUCACUGGGCCUCGUUUCUGUUACCCGUUUCUCCGACACGCUCUCGAGUUUCGGAAAUCCCUCCCUUCCCUUCCAUGCCCUUUAAAAAACCCAGACCUCGUUCUCCUUCGAAGACUCUUCGAAGACUAGUCAGAAAACCGCUCCCGUGAUCUCUCCGACACGUUCCCGGCAUGGCGAACCCGCCGGAUGGCUUGCCUGACGACUUCCUCGAGCAGAUCCUCGCCAUGCCCUCCUACCACGGGAAUGACGGGGGAAAUCUCUCUGGAACGGCGAUGAGCUUGCAGCUGAACUCCGGGGACGGGUCAGGCCAGGUCACCGGGGGCGGUUUUCAGCCAGCGGUUUUCCCGCUGGGGCUGAGCUUGGAGCAGGGAAAAGGCGGUUUUCUGAAACCGGAGGAGGAGUCUGGGAGUGGUAAGCGGUUUCGGGAAGAUGGCGCGGAGGCCGCGAAGGCGUCUGGGAAGAUGGAAAGAGAUUCCGGGCAUCUGGCGAGUCUCUUCCCGUCGUUCGGACACGUGCAGCCUCAUUUAAUCCGACCUAAUCAUGCCCAGACUUUCCAUGGCCAAGCGACGAUUGGUGUGGUUGCAGUUGCGCCGCACCCACCUCCCAUCCGUCCGAGAGUUCGGGCAAGACGGGGGCAAGCCACUGAUCCCCAUAGCAUUGCCGAGCGGCUGCGUCGGGAAAGAAUAGCAGAAAGGAUGAAGGCUUUGCAGGAACUGGUUCCCAGUUCCAACAAGACAGAUAGAGCAGCCAUGCUUGAUGAAAUUGUGGAUUAUGUGAAGUUCUUAAGGCUCCAGGUCAAGGUUCUGAGCAUGAGCAGACUGGGUGGAGCUGGUGCAGUGGCGCAGCUUGUAGCUGACAUGCCAUUGCCUUCCAUUGAGGGGGACGUGAGCGAAGAUGGGAGCAACCAACAAGAGUGGGAGAAGUGGUCGAGUGAUGGAACGGAGCAGGAAGUAGCGAAGCUCAUGGACGAGGACGUCGGGGCAGCCAUGCAGUUCCUGCAGUCGAAGGCACUGUGUAUCAUGCCCAUCUCACUCGCUGCAGCCAUCUACCACACACAUCAACCGGAUGUUCCCACGAUCAUCAAGCCCGAGCCGAACGCCCCGUCAUAGGCCGGGAAAAUACGACGGAAAAGACGACGUGACUCUGCACGUGCCCAUCGACAACUCCUGCAAAGCGGUCGGGCCCCACAUUCCGAUCCCGCCCUGCCCCAGUGGUUCCACUGGGUGGCUGGGUUUUUAGGAUUUCUUCUCCUUCCCACUUUUCCCUUCAGUUGCAAUCAAAGUCAGAUGCCAUAUUUCCUCUCGCCCUUUUCUUUUUAUUUCCUUUUGUUUUAUCUUUUGUCAAACAUGCUUUAAUGUCAUGCCUAGGUAAAAAAAGUUAAAGAGAUAUUCCUCAUAAUUUUGAGUAGA